UUAUUCACAUUUAAACUUUAAACUUUGGGCCUUUUUUUUUUUCAAAACCGAGAUUUCUGUAUUCAGUAUUUCAUAUUUUCAUUCACUUAAUCACUAUUCUCUGUUCAGUUUAAUCUCCUGAAACGACAAAAGAUAUUUAUUAUUUAAUAUUACUAUUACUAUUGAUAUUUCAUUUUCGCGAUUUGAAAUUUGAAUCUCGUAAGUCGUAACGUCUAAAACUUAUCGUACCAACUACCAAGUACCAAUGAAUUUACUAAAUACACCACGUAUGAAAAAAGAACUAGGCCAAUUACUUAACAAACCACCUUUUGGUAUGAAGGUGAACGUAAAAGAAGGAUCAACUUCUGUUUUAGAAGCUGAAAUCCACGGACCAAAAGAUUCUCCAUAUGAAAAUGGAAUUUUCAAAUUGCAAAUAGAAUUGCCUGUGAAGUAUCCAUUUGAACCUCCAAGAGUGACAUUCAUAACACCUGUCUAUCACCCAAACAUUGAUAGUGGUGGCAGAAUCUGUUUGGACAUUUUAAAAAUGCCUCCAUCUGGUGCAUGGAAACCAUUGAUUAACAUAGAAGGUGUAUUAGUUGCCAUAUUCAAUCUAAUGAACUGUCCAAAUCCUAAUGAUCCACUCGUACUGGACAUUGCAAAAGAAUUUAAGAAUGAUAAAGAAACAUUUGAAUCCAAAGCUAAACACUAUACCAAAGAACAUGCUAUCAUAGCCACAGUAUGAUUAUAUUUUAAUUAAAUACAUUUAUAAUAUUCUUCUGUUAUUUUAUAAGAUAAUAUUUCAGCCAACUAAACUACUUUCAAGAAAAUGUCCAAAUCAUAUUUGUACAUUUUUAUUUAAUUAAUCAUUUAUUGUAAUUUAAAAUUUGUUGGUUAAGAAUUAUUGAACACUGAAUAAAGUUCAUUCAAAUGUUGGAAAGUAUUAUCAUAAUGUAUGUACAAACUAUUAUAAUUGUAUACUAUUACCUAUUAUUUAUGUUAUAUCUUUUUAAUUAGUUUGUCUAUAACAGACAAAUGUGCUAUAAAAAYUCACUCUAAAAACUACUAACAGUUAAUACAGGGGCGGAUCAAGAGGGGGGCGAUUGGGGCGAUCGCCCCCCCCCCUGUUCACCGUAACAAACAUUAGUUGUUGACGUAAUUACUUUAAGGGUAAAUAGGGAAAUCUUAAACUAUUUUUUUUAUACCAAACUUAUGCUGGUAMCACGAUUAUAUUAUAUUAUUUUUCUUUAUAAUCGUAACUGCUACUAUGUUAUCAGUUAUAUUUAUUAUUUGUUGAUAUACUACUAUUAUUAAAUAAAUAACCUACCUAUAACAAAAUUAAUAUUUUUAAUUUUAUCUAUAUCAUGUGUGUCCGUUAAAAAUCGCCCCCUCCGUUAUUUUGGUCUGGAUCUGCCCCUGAGUUAAUAAAAGACAAUAAAGAACAUAUAUUUUCUUUGAAUAAUCUAAAUUUGAAACUGACAAGAGCCUACACUAAUUGAUCCUUCUCUCAAGUUACCACAUUAUGAUUAAAAAACAUAAUGUAUGCUUAUUAUACCUACUUAUAUUUAACGUAUAGUUUAUGUGAUUUCUAAAUUAAAAAUUGACCAUUUGAAACUGAUCAGAUAAGUUUAUUGUGGAUCAAUGAGUGACUUAAAAUGUAAACAAUUUAUUAUGAUUUUCAAUUCUACAAUCUAUUAUAAGCAUAUUAUA